CCGCCAUUAAAUGCAAUCCCACCCUCUCAAUACGCUCUGCAAUUACUCCCCUCUCCCACUUUUUUCCUCUCCACACCCACCAAAAUCAACACUCCAAAACCCUUCUUCUUCUUCUUCUUCUUCUUCUUCUUCACUGCAAUUUAAUUUCUUCAAUUUCCCUGCCUUUUCUUUUCUUUUUUUUUUUUAAUUUCGGAUCUGGGUUUUUUUCCCCUGAAAGAUUCCUCUUUAUCUUUUCACGUAAGAAAAAGCAGGUUUCGGUUUCAAGAAGAAAGCGAAUUAUCUGUCAAAAAGUCUACUGCGGAGGAAUCUUGAAGAAGUAGUUGAAAUUGAAACCCCCCAAAAAAUGCAGUCUCCCUUAAACUCAGCGUAACGUGUCCUUAUCGAAAAAAAGAAAAAGGUAGCAUUUUUUUUUGGGGGAGAAAAUGCCAGCCGGAAUGAUGAUUCCAGCCAGAAACGCGCCGUCGAUGAUCGGAAGGAAUGGGAAUAAUGUCGGCGUUUUCGGCUCUCCGGCGAGUCUAGUUCUUGGUCAGGGAAAUAUGAUGGAAGGGGGGCAGCUGCAGGGGCUGGAUAUGGGAGGAAACGCGUUGGGGGAAAGCGAUUUUGGGCGAAUGAGAGAAGCGGAAGAUUUCGACAGUGUAACAAAAUCGAGCAGCGAGAAUCACGAGGCUGCUUCUGGGGACGACCAAGACCACAACCGCCCCAAGAAGAAGCGUUACCACCGCCACACUCAGCACCAGAUCCAACAAAUGGAAGCGUUCUUCAAGGAAUGUCCUCACCCUGAUGACAAGCAAAGGAAGGAGCUGAGUAGGGAGUUGGGUUUGGAGCCAUUGCAAGUCAAGUUUUGGUUCCAAAACAAGCGAACUCAGAUGAAGACCCAUCAUGAGAGACACGAAAACACCCAACUGAGAACAGAAAAUGAGAAGCUUCGGGCUGAUAAUAUGAGGUAUAGAGAAGCUCUUAGUAAUGCCACGUGUCCUAAUUGUGGAGGCCCGACCGCCAUUGGAGAGAUGUCCUUUGAUGAACAUCAUCUCAGACUCGAAAAUUCUCGCUUGAGAGAAGAGAUCGAUCGCAUUUCAGCCAUAGCAGCAAAAUAUGUAGGGAAGCCAGUAUCGAACUACCCUACUCUCCUUUCCCCAUCCAUCCCUUCACGUCCUCUAGACCUCGGAAUGGGAAGCUAUGGAGGACAUGAUUCAGGGAUCGGAGGAGGUGGUGGCGAAAUGUACGGGGCAGCGGACCUUCUACGGUCCAUAAGUGCGCCGUCGGAUGCUGAUAAGCCCAUUAUCAUCGAGCUUGCAGUGGCGGCCAUGGAGGAACUGGUGAGGAUGGCUCAAAUGGGCGAGCCGUUGUGGAUCACAGGGCUGGAUGGCUCAACCGCAGUGCUGAAUGAAGAUGAAUAUAUUAGAACGUUUCCCAGAGGCAUUGGACCUAAACCAUCUGGGUUUACCUGUGAAGCUUCUCGGGCUUCUGCUGUUGUCAUCAUGAACCAUAUUAACCUUGUUGAGAUGCUCAUGGAUGUCAAUCAGUGGUCAAGCGUAUUCAGUGGAAUUGUGUCUAGAGGCGUGACAUUAGAAGUAUUAUCAACCGGAGUUGCUGGAAACUACAACGGAGCAUUACAAGUGAUGACAUCGGAAUUGCAAGUUCCUUCGCCGCUGGUUCCAACUCGGGAGAGCUAUUUCGUAAGGUACUGUAAACAGCAUGGGGAGGGAAAUUGGGCUGUGGUCGACGUGUCGUUGGACAACUUACGCCCAGCCCCCGCCCUCAGAUGCAGAAGGCGCCCCUCCGGCUGCUUAAUCCAAGAAAUGCCAAAUGGCUAUUCUAAGGUUACGUGGGUUGAGCACGUUGAGGUGGACGAUCGAGGUGUCCAUACUUUGUACAAUCAGCUUGUUAGCUCCGGCCACGCGUUCGGUGCCAAGCGUUGGAUUGCCACAUUGGAUCGCCAGUGCGAACGCCUCGCCAGUGCCAUGGCCACGAGUAUUCCCAACGGCGAUGCUGGUGUGAUAACGAAUCAAGAAGGGAGGAAGAGCAUGUUGAAGCUGGCGGAGAGAAUGGUGAUGAGCUUCUGCGGAGGAGUGAGCGCGUCGACCACACACACCUGGACCACACUCUCCGGGACCGGGGCUGAUGACGUCAGGGUUAUGACAAGGAAGAGCGUGGACGAUCCCGGCAGACCCCCUGGCAUUGUUCUCAGCGCUGCCACUUCCUUCUGGCUCCCGAUUCCUCCCAAUAGAGUCUUCCAUUUCCUUCGAGAUGAAAAUUCCCGAAAUGAGUGGGAUAUUCUUUCGAACGGUGGAGUAGUGCAAGAAAUGGCCCACAUUGCCAAUGGCCGUGACACUGGCAACUGCGUCUCCUUGCUCAGAGUAAAUAGUGCAAAUUCAAGCCAGAGCAACAUGCUGAUAUUACAAGAGAGCAGCACGGAUGAAACGGCUUCGUUUGUGAUCUACGCGCCGGUGGACAUAGUGGCAAUCAACGUGGUGCUGAACGGCGGAGAUCCGGACUACGUGGCCCUCCUCCCCUCCGGAUUUGCCAUCCUUCCUGACGGAACCGCCGCGGCCGGCGAACCUGGGUCCGGCGGCAGCGGCUCGCUUUUGACGGUUGCGUUUCAGAUCUUGGUUGACUCGGUUCCCACGGCUAAACUUUCUCUGGGUUCGGUUGCAACGGUUAACAACCUCAUUGCCUGCACUGUUGAGAGGAUUAAAGCCUCUUUAUCGUGCGACAAUCACUGACAAUCCCAUCUCCCUCAACUUCUUACCUCUACUUGAAGAGAAAGCUGAGUGGAAGAAGUCAAGAACGCACCUCGUGAAGAAGAAGAAGAAUGAAUAUCCUUUGGAUUUUCAAGUAAAUUGGGUGAGGAUUAAUUUUAGGGGGUUCGGGUAUUGACUUUGUCCAUUACAUCAAGUUUAUGGCAUAUGGUUCGGAGGAAUUCAGGUUCAUAACGUCGUGUUAUGUUUUUGUUUUUUCAAUGCUGAAUUUAAAUGUGUUCAUUAUUAGAUGGGAUGGGGAAGCCCACACCCUAGUGGCUAUAACAUUAAGCAACUUGCUUUUUUAGUUUACCAUUAUUAAAUGAAGUUGAAUUAUAUGUAUCCACCUCUAAUUUUUAUUUAUGUAUAAUAUAUUUUCAAA